AUGUCAGACUUUACAGACGACAAUGAAGAGGUGUAUGAAGUCGAGAAUAUCGUUGAUCAUAGGAAGCAACGCGGAAAGAUUGCGUUGGAAUACUUGAUCAAGUGGAAAGACUAUGACGACGACGAGAAUACUUGGGAACGAGAGUCGAACGUCAAUGCUCCUGAAUUGGUCGAGUCAUAUUGGCAGAGAAACGGAGGCAAGGAAGGACGUGAAGAAGCACGAAAGUAUGGAAAAAAGAAGCAGGGAAAACAACGUCCUUUUUCGCCAAAGUCAUCUGCUCCAGUCACCAAACGAUCAAUAACACCUUCACGACAACCUACAAUGGUUGAGAUAUUCACCAGCAGCAGCAGUAGCAACAAUGUUACACCCGAGAUCCCCGCUUCAAAACGAUCGCUAUCACCAUCAUCAACCAAAGAUGAACGCAACAAGCGGAUACGCCAUGAUGAGAGUGAGGAGGAUAAUGAUGAUAAUCAAGUCCCUUCUUUGUCGUCGCCUACCAAAGAGCCAGCAGCGGUAGAAAAGGAAUCACCACAUCCAAUUAUGGAAGCUGAAGAGGAUGAAUCACAACAACCGGUUGAUUUGACAGAUGAAGAGCCACAGCAAUCAACUGUUGAAGCAAUACCAGAAGAAGAGCCAGAGCCACCCAAUGACAAAGCAACACCAGAAGAAGAGCUAGAGCCAUCCAAUGACGAAGCAAUACAAGAAGAAGAGCCACAGCCAUCACCUAUGCAAGAAACACUUGAAGAGGAGACACAGCCAUCACCUGUCAAAGAAACGCCUGAAGAGGAAGCACAGCAACCAAUUGAAUCAAUGUCACCAGAGGAAUCACAGCAAACAGUUGUUGAAGAUAUAUCCAAAGAGCCCGAGGAUGAUGUGAUGGUGAAUAGGGAGGAAGAUGAAUUGAUGGAAGAGCCACCUACGCGAGAUGUGGAAGAAGUGCGAUCGACAUCAAGGGCACUUUCCCCAGAUCAACCUAUGGCAACGAGUGACACAGACAUGGUGGAUGAGCUUUUAAUGACGGAUGACGAAGUGGAUAAACCAACAACGACAUCGAGGACAACCAAACCAAUAGAAGAGACAUCAUCACCAUCCAAAUUUUCACAAUCCGAUAUUCGUACAUUCGUCAAAGAGAACAGGUCUACAUCACGGACAACGGAUGAUACGGCAUCACGAUUGGAUAAGCUUACAGGCAACAAAGAGAACAUUGCCGUUGUUUCGGAUACGACGACCCAUGACGAUGAUGAGCAUCUCAUGCCAGGCACGCCGAAGGAUAAGCAGCUAAAGGAAAUCGAUGUUAAUGAUAUCAUUUGGGAUCCUGAAUAUCCACCAGCACCUUGCAAUUGGUCCGAGGAAGCCGAAUGUGUCGAAACAGUUGUAGCUGAUCCCAACGACAAGAAUACUUUUCAUGCUAUUGUGCGAUGGAAAAAUGGCAAGUUAUCAAUGCACCAAAGCUCUGUACUGCGUGAAAAGUGCCCCCAUUUGUUGAUCGAUUUUUACGAAACACGUCUCAAGUUUACAAAGCGAAAUGAAGCAGGGCUUCCAUCUUCAGUGCAUAUCUCAUCCAAACGUGCUUAG